AUGAGUUAUCUUUAUGGACCGAAAAUAAUAAAAGAUAAAAUUUUAACCAAUAUUUCGGCAGCAAUUCGAGAAAUUCAUCGAUUAGCUGUCGAUGACGAUAAUCAAACAUCUCGAAUUAUAACAAAUGAUGAUUGGCAAGUGCAUUGUUUACUUGAGCAUCUUGAUUUUGCUUUACUUUAUGGAUUAAGAUUUGUUCAAGAUGGAUACUAUAAAUGUGUUAGUGAAUUUACUCCAAAAUUAUUAUUGAAGGAGAUUGAGUCAUUGCUAAAUAUAGAAACCAAUAUUGGUCGUGGUCGUGCAUGGUUUUUCUUCGCAUUUAAUGAUAAUUUAACGGAAAGCUAUAUAAAAUGUUUUCAAGAUAAUAAAAAAUUAAUUAAAAAAUUUUACACAUCCGAUUCCAUAGUUAACGAUACUCAAAGAUUAAUUGCUCUUACGACAUUAUGUUCUGGUUUAGAAAAUAUUCAAUUUGAUUUAAAAAUUGAUUGUGCAUAUUUUGAUCGUGGCUGUUGGCCAGCCUAUUUACAAGUUGAUAUAAAAGAUACCGAACGACUUCCAUUGCCAGGCGUACGAAAUGAUGUUCCGACAUUUACUACAUACUUAUCUAGAUAUGAUGUUCAACAUUUACCAUCGUCACCUGCUGUAUUAAAUAGAACUACUGUUGCAUCGAAACGUGUUCGAGUACCUAAACGAAACGGUCGCGCAUCGACAACAUCAUCUGUUGUGAAUAGUCUUAUAUCUUCGGAUAUUCAUCCGACUACUUUCUCGCGUUCAUCCUCUGUUAGCUUUGAUAAUCCGUCGAUAGAUGGUUUAUCAUUGAACGAUGAAAAUCAAAUAUCGAAUUUAACGAUUCUAGUAUCAGAUUCUCCAUUACCAUUAGCAAGUACAACAACACCAGGACUUAGUUCAAGUUUAAGUGAACUUGAUCCUAUACUAAAUAAUCGACCUCCAACACCCUCACCUAUAUCAUCAAUUAUCGUCGAUGAAAAAGCCAUGACCAUACCUUUAGAUGACAAAUCUAUUGUGGCAGAAACAAUUGACAGUGAACCUUCAACAACCGAAAGUAAAUCUUUAAUAGCAGAAACUCAACCUUCAAUAAUUGUUGAGAAACCGACAAAUAUUUCUGAAAAAAUUGAACAAUCAAUCAAUAGCUCUGAACAACAUGAACAUUCAAUAUUAUCUUCACUAUCGGUUUCAAUUGAUAAUGGAUUAAGUGAUUUAAGUGUAGAACCAAAAAAUGAUGAUCUUCUACGACCUAAGCAUGUCGAUUCACUCGAUUUAGAGGCUGAUGCUAAUCUUCAAUUACAAUUUACAUUAGAAGUUUAUGAAAUAGAAAAUAAAGAAAGAUUAAUUAAAAUAUUUCCUACAACGAUUGGUCACAAUAAUGGCAAUAUUGAAACUGUCUUUCUUCUCGUAACAACGAUGAGUGUUUAUUUAGUUCGACAAACCUACGAAACUAAUGGUUUAUAUCGAAUAGAAAAAGUCGAAAGUGUGAGAUUAGAACAAAUCAAUUAUAUGGAAGUUGGCCCUAAUGAACAGUUUUUUCGUAUAAUGGCAAACAAGAAAAGUAAACUUCAUACGUUAACAACAGGAUGUGUCGAAUUAACGAGAGCCAUUUGUGAUUGCAUUUGUGAAGCUUCGAAAAUAGGUCGAUAUCCCGAUCCGAAAAUAUCACCAGCAACAAUGCAAGAAUUAUCAAUUAAGAAAAUGUUAGCUAACGAUAUGAAAAAGAAUAGUAUUAAUGAUGUUAAAUUACUUGAUUAUCAUUUCGCAUUUUGGGAAGAACCACAAAUGAGUGGACGACAACUACGUAAAGAAGGUAUGCUUUACACGAAACUUGUUGAACCAGCAACAGCAAUACGACGUCUUGGUAAUGCUACGCUGAAAUCCCAUCGGCAUCCAUUUGAAACAUGGCGUAAUGCCUAUGUUACCUUAAGAGUUGAUCGUCUCAACGUCUAUUUGCAUAAGUCAGAUACAACUCCUGCAUUAUCAUAUACAUUACUCGAUGAAAAUUGUCAAGGAUGUCGAAGGAAUCGUAUUGCUGAUCGACCACAUGCUGUUGAAAUAAUGUUUGUCAACGAAGUAAAAUUAAUAAUGGCACCAAAAACAAAAGCUGAACAAGAUGAAUGGCUCAAUGCUAUUAUGAAAGGUCUUUCGCAGGGACGUAUGGCAAUGAAAGAUGAAGAAAAUUCAGCAAAUACAGUUCCAUGCAGUGUGAUGUUAAGUGAUGAAAAACUAUAUGUAUGUCAUGAUGAACAAGAUAACGCACUGAUUCGUCAACUUGACUCGGUAAAACUUGAAUAUAUUGUACGAUUACUUGUUGAUCCUGAAUGUCAGUACUAUUGUGUAUUAUCAAUUGAACAUGGAAAUCAAGGAUCAAAAUCUUGGAUAUUUUAUUUUCUAUUCAUUAACGAAAUGAUUCAAUUUGUCAAAGUUUUACAACAGACUUUAUCGAAUAUUUUUCAGAUUGAAAUGGAUGUUCAUCCAUUAACUGAUUCUUCAUUUCAACAUGAUUGUGAACGAACUGCAAAACGUCUUCUCCGAUCGAAUCGUCCUUUGUCACUUACUUCUUAA